AUGCUGUCAGAUAAAUCCAGAUUGCUUAUAGGAGAGGUUGAUGAUGUUCGCCCUUGGAACCGGAUAUGGGACUUGCAGGUUUGUCACCUUUGUGGUAGUGUGCAAGAAUCAGCUUAUCAUCUUUUUGUUGAAUGUCAAGAGGUUGGUACUUUGUGGAGCAGCAUAUGUCUUCCUGUUCUACUGUUAGUGCCAGGUAAUUUGAUUGAUUGGUUUUUUGAGCUAAUUGCUUUGCUUGAUGAAGAAAAAUGCAGUAAGUUUAUAAUGUUACGUUGGGGUUUGUGGGGGAACAGGAAUGAAAAAGUGUGGAAUGGUGUAUCUGUUGACUUAAAUAUAAUGAAGUGCAAAGCUCUCACUUUUUUGGCAAAUUGGAAGUACGCAAAUGGGUUGGAGGAGAUUACUCAUACUGUGAGAAUUGUAGAGGAAAAAUGGAAGGCCCCAAUGGUUGGCAGAUUCAAGCUCAAUACCGAUGCCUCCCUUGAUCCAGGAAAUAAUAUCAUGGGAUUUGGAUGGGUGUUGCGUGAUGAGGAUGGCCGAUUUUUGGCGGCGAAGAGCAUGCAUGUUAUGGGAAAUUACGCAGUAAAAAAAGCCGAAGCUGUCCGUAUUCGUGAGGCCCUGAGUUGGUUGAAGGACACGGGACUGGGAGAUAUUGAUGUUGAUGUUGGGAAUAUUUCAAGAAGACUUUUGGAAGAAGAAGUUGCGAGAGGUAUGAAUAAAUCCUUCAAGCUAGUUCAAGAUUCAACUAAGGAAUUAAUUAUACACUUGGAAGAUGUCACAUGGGAAAAGAAUUUGGCAUCCACGAUUAGUGGUGUUGAAUUCCAUUUUGCAAAGCGAUCUGCGAAUCGUGCUGCCCACACUAUUGCUCGGGAAGUCGUUUCUUAG